AUGGCUCAAAGCUCGUUUCCCGGCACCAACCCUUUCCUCAAGAUUGGCACAAAAGACGACAAGUCGUCUUUCCAGAAGAUUUCUGAAGAGGACGAGUACGAGGUGACGUCACCAACCGAUCCCACCUUUCGUACCGCAAACGCGGCUCCCUCAUCCUCCGGCGAAAACGCCGCCAGUGGUGAGCCGACUUUCACGGAAGUUGGAGGACAGAUACGGAUGGCUUCCCCGGCCAGGGAGGACCCCGUCCUACGGGUGGCCUGGAUUCCAGCUUUCCGAACAACUACGCCUUGGGGUCGUCGUACAUCUGUGUCAGCGGAGUCUCUGAACCCGACGUCCGCGGGUGCAGAUAGCUGGGUGCCCCCGUACCACGCGAAGACUACCGACCAGCUCUCUCGCCUUAAAACCGCCGUCAGCGGCAACUUCCUCUUCUCCCACCUGGACGACGAUCAGUUCAAGACCGUUCUCGACGCUCUCGGCGAUGCGGGUGAUUACUUUUAUGUGGUAGAAGAUGGUCAUUUCGACGUCUACAUCCAUCCGUCCGGUUCAGUACAGCCUGGUGCGGACGGCAUGGGCAACAAAAUCGGCUCCAUCGGACCCGGUGGUUCCUUUGGUGAAUUGGCCCUCAUGUACAAUGCACCUCGGGCGGCCACCAUCGUUUCGACCGAUCCCAAGAGCACUCUCUGGGCCUUGGAUCGCAUCACGUUCCGACGCAUCCUCAUGGACUCGGCUUUCCAGCGACGCCGCAUGUAUGAGGCCUUCCUGGAGGAGGUUCCUCUGCUUUCUAGCCUACAGCCCUAUGAACGGUCUAAGAUUGCGGACGCGUUGGAACCCAUCAAAUACCCGUCCGGCUCGACGAUUAUUACCGAAGGCGACCCUGGCGACGCGUUCUACCUCCUGGAGUCCGGAGAGGCGGAAGCGUUCAAGGAAGGUGUCGAGGGUAAUGUCAAAUCUUACAAACGGGGCGACUUCUUUGGCGAACUCGCCUUGCUGGAUGAUAAGCCUCGCGCCGCGAGCGUCGUCGCGAAGACGGAUGUGAAGGUUGCACGGCUCGGCCGGGAUGGCUUCAAGCGUCUGUUGGGACCAGUGGAGGAUAUCAUGAGACGAGCUGACUAUCAAACUAAGCCAGCAGCUGCGUGA